AUGAAGAAGGUCAAGAAGAAAAAGGCCACAGCCAGACGUCGCCGGGACUCCACCUCUCCACAGGCGAGCUCUGACUCCUCGCAUCAGCCCAGCUCCGAAGCUGCCCAGACUUGCCCCGAGCCCAUCCUGCAGCAACCUUGCCCGCCACAGUCUCACCUGGACAGCAGCCCCCUGAUGGGCAGAUCUCAACCCAACACUCAAGACUCCAUGCCCCAAGCUCUUCCAGCUCCUGAACCCCGACUCUCCACUCGGUGCCUCUUAAGCUCAAAGGCUAAUUCCUCAGCAGUUCCACCCUUCUGGAAAGCAGGACCUCUGACCUAUGCGGGCCUGCGCUCCUGCUCCUGCUCCACCUGCCCGGGCAGCUCGGCUUGCUGGCGUCGCCUGGGGCUGUGCCACAGCCGCAUCUUCGAUGUCCUUCUGCCUCGGGACUGUCAGGCCAUACCAGAGAGCGGAUUCCCAAACCUCCUCACCUUCUACAGAAGACCCUCCGGAAAAUCCCCUGGACGCUAUCCACGUGCUCCAAACCCUUGGGACUGUUGCUGUAGCACUUGGGGUCCUGGGAGCUGCAUAUUACAUCACUGAAUCCUAAAGAAGAAUAUCCCAGGCCCAAGCCUGGCAGCUCCAGCGAUUUCCUCCGCAUUCUCCAUCAUACUCCAGUCUGUUCCAUGCUGUGCUGCAAAUGACCAGUGAUCCAUUUCCCAUCUAAGGAUCCUGCUUGUCACCAGAAU